AUGACACCUUCAGAAAUCACCCGAAAAGAAGUGUUAGAUAGCGUAAAGAAGGCACUUUUAUUAGAACAUGGCCGUGGAAUAACAUCGUUAAAAAAACUACAAGAAUCUGUUCUGGAAAACUUUACCCCAAUUCGUCAAUUGUGCCACAUAGAUCAACACUUGAAUCGUGUUCCUGUAAAAUAUAUACAACAUUGCAUAGAACACGACGAUUCACAGCAAUUUGAACUAAGUAACAAUGAGUUACAAGUUAGGCUUGCAUUUCUUGAUCAAGAACAACAAGGGUUUGAGACGGAUCCAUAUGGUGCAAUUGCUGUAGAUUCUGAAGAAUAUUCGCCUGAACUUAUAAAAUACGAAAACCCGACAACAUUGAAACCUUCUACUCACUUUCGACCUUACCAAGUGAGUUUUCUGAAUAUCACAAACGCACUUGAAGAUAGGACAGUUUCAUCAAACCAAAGCAUCGACACAGACACUGAGAUCUCCACCACAAAAAGUAAACGUAUUCCUGUGACUCCAGUGUAUUAUGAAGAUGGAAAAUUCUUUUGCGACGAUUUCGCUGGAGACUACGCUCGCAAAGACAGACCGGCUAUGCUUAUUCCAAAAUACGAUAGACUAAAUAUUGAUCCACUUUGUAGCGAGAGCUUUAAGUAUACUAGGUUUAGUACAAAGCCAUUUUCCAACGGAAAGACAUGUUGGAACUGUGAUUCAGAAGAUCAUGAACUGUCAAAGUGUCCAGAGCAACGCAAUGCGGAAAAAAUUCGCAAAAAUAAAACCCUGUAUAAUGACUCGCAUGAAACUUCUGGUCGACUCCAUAUCGAACUUACCGAGUACAACAAGUUGUCUUCAUUAAAACCCGGAAAGUUGUCUGAUUCGCUUCAGGAAGCAUUGGGAAUUAAAGGGACCAAUUAUGAACCUCAAUUCUAUGAUAGGAUGCGAAUAUACGGAUAUCCGCCUGGAUACAAGGGUUUAGCUUCAAAGAAAGGCGUCAGUCAGUUAUCGAUAUCGAAAGAGAGUGUAUUAUUUGAAAAUACUCCGUUAUUAAAUAUAUACGACGAUGAAUUCAAUGGGGAAGACAAAGAAACGCAAAGCAAAAAGGAUGUUCUGUCUACCUCACAAGAUGAUGUAGAUACAUCCAAAGAAAAAGAUACUAGUGAGGAAUUAGUAGAACUCGUGGUUUAUCCUGGCUUAAAUAUUAAAGAAAAAAAGCACACAGUACAACAAAUUCCACAAUGGGAACAGCCUGGUAUGCCUGAUUUCUAUCGUAUGGAGCCAAACACCCACCAAUAUUACCAACAAUUCCACAACGAGGCUAUGCAAGAUACUUACUCAAUGUACGAUCAGAGGUUAUGGCCACAUGAUCAAUAUAAUCUGGGGGGCCAAGCACCUUAUCCAUACUCGUACCCACCAUAUAACGAACAGUAUGCACACCCCGAAAUGUAUUAUGGAUACAAUCAACCUCUUGAUCAGUACAACGAUUAUCAACCAGGCAAUUAUUUCCCUGGUCCUCCUACAAACCACUAUCAAGCAGAUCAACCAUUCCCAGAGGUACAGCAACCACCAUAUGCUCCUCAAGCUCUAGCUUAUCCAACCAACGUUCAGCAACCAGUACCACCAGUACUACCAAAAGCUCCGAUGUCAAAUAAAGAAGACUCGGUCAAAUCAGAAGAUGAAGACAUGGAGAUAUCAGACGACGAGGAUUAG